AACUUCUUUAAACAAAUAGAACAAAAUAGAGGUAAGAUGAGGAGGGAGAGAAGAAGAGACAAAGAGAGUAGCUAAAGAAACUUAUAUAAUUUUUAAAAAAACACACUCUCUCAUAUCUCAUUAGUCAUACCCACUCUUCCCGCCUACACCACUCCAAAAACCUCAAACAAUGAACAACUAUCCUUAUCCCUUUCCCUUACCUUUCUUCUUCUUCUUCUUCUUCCUCUUCUUCAUCUCUCCUUCCCUUUCUCUUACUCCUCCAAAUGACACACAAUUCCUCACACGUUUUCGUCUCGAAACCGACACUCACGGCAACCUCGACUCGAACUGGACCGGCCUCGAUGCCUGCACUUCUUACUGGCGUGGUGUCCGCUGCUCCACCAACAAAGACCGUGUCAUCUCUCUCUCACUCCCAUCUCUCAACCUCCGUGGACCUCUCGACUCUCUGGCCCAUCUCGACCAGCUUCGACUCCUCGACCUCCACAACAACCGCCUCAACGGCACCAUUUUGCCUCUCACCAACUGCACCAACCUCAAACUUCUCUACCUCUCUGCCAAUGACCUCUCUGGAGAUAUCCCAACACAGAUCGACUCGCUAAAUAGGCUCCUCCGUCUCGACCUCUCCGAUAACAACAUACGUGGCUCGAUUCCGAAGCAGUUGUUGAAUUUGACUCGGCUCCUCACGCUACGGUUACAGAACAACGUGCUUUCGGGUUCGAUUCCUGAUCUCUCUGUCUCUCUUGUUAACCUCAAAGAACUGAACUUGACCAACAAUGAAUUCUAUGGAAAUGUACCUGAUGGGUUGGUGAAAAAGUUUGGUCGAGAAAGCUUUUCUGGGAACGAAGGGCUAUGUGGGUCGAGUCCUUUGCCUGCUUGUUCGUUCACCAAUACAUCUCCAGCGACUGCAUCGGCUCAGAGUCAGACGGUGCCAUCAAACCCGAGCUCGUUACCAGAAGCGCCUGUAAUGAGUCAAGCAAGAGGAGAAUUGCCUUCUAAGAAAGGGUUAAGUACUGGUGUGAUUGUGGCUAUUGUGAUAGCGAAUUGUGUUGCUUUGUUGGUGGUGGUGUCGUUCGUGGUGGCGCAUUAUUGUGCUAGGGAUCGAGGGUAUAGCUCGGGCUCGAUGGCCGGGAGUGAGAGUGGGAAGAGGAGGAGGAGUGGGAGUAGCUAUGGGAGUGAUAAGAAAGUGUAUGCAAAUAAUGGGGGUGCAGAUAGUGAUGGGACUACCGCUACGGACCAAAGCAAGUUGGUGUUUUUCGAUAGGAGGAAGCAGUUUGAGCUUGAGGAUUUGCUUAGAGCUUCGGCGGAGAUGCUUGGAAAAGGGAGCUUGGGGACGGUGUAUAGGGCGGUGCUUGAUGAUGGAGCAACCGUGGCUGUGAAGCGGCUCAAGGAUGCGAACCCGUGUGCGAGGAAGGAGUUUGAGCAGUAUAUGGACUUGAUAGGGAAGCUUAAGCAUCCAAAUAUUGUGAGGUUUAGAGCUUAUUACUAUGCCAAGGAAGAGAAGCUUCUUGUCUAUGAUUAUCUUCCUAAUGGGAGCUUGCAUUCACUUCUUCAUGGGAAUCGGGGUCCGGGGAGAAUUCCUUUGGAUUGGACUACAAGGAUCAGCUUGGUGCUAGGAGCGGCUCGAGGACUUGCAAAGGUUCAUGAAGAGUACGAAGGAUCGAGAAUACCACAUGGGAAUGUGAAAUCUUCGAAUGUACUUCUUGACAAGAAUGGUGUAGCUUGCAUUUCUGAUUUUGGGCUUUCCUUGCUUUUGAACCCGGUUCAUGCCAUUGCAAGAUUAGGAGGGUACAGGGCUCCUGAACAAGCAGAAAUCAAGAGGCUGUCUCAAAAGGCAGAUGUUUACAGUUUUGGGGUCUUAUUGUUGGAAGUUCUAACAGGGAAAGCUCCAUCUCAAUACCCUUCACCAACUCGGCCUCGAAUGGAUGAAGAGGAACAACUGGCUGUGGAUCUUCCCAAAUGGGUUCGAUCGGUUGUGAAGGAAGAGUGGACUGCUGAAGUGUUUGAUCAAGAACUUUUGAGGUAUAAGAAUAUAGAGGAAGAACUUGUGUCAAUGCUUCAUGUGGGGUUGACUUGUGUGGUGCCACAGCCUGAAAAGAGGCCAACAAUGGUGGAAGUGACAAAGAUGAUAGAGGACAUAAGGGUGGAGCAAUCUCCUUUAGGAGAGGAUUAUGAUGAAUCGCGCAAUUCACUUUCUCCUUCACUUGCUACCACAGAAGAUGGGCUGGCUUGAUGCUCAUCUUGCAUUGCCUCAGUAUUUACCAUUUGUUGAUCCCAUGGUUGUUUCUAUGCUAAUCUUCCUAUUUUUACUUGCAUUAUCUCGCUGCAUAUUCUGGCUGUCAGCAGACUAUUUUAUCAGACCCUAUUUUGUUGUUUCUUUGUAAUAUUUGUAAGUUUUAUGUUUCCAUUGUUGCUGGUAGAAAGACCUGGUGGUCUUGUCCAUUACCCAACAAGAUAGUGCUAUUUAGUCCUCUGUAAUGUAAUUUAGUUUCAUUAUUAAUUGUUUUCAAUGCAAGAGUCUCCAGAGUGAUGGUAGUUCAAGCA